AUGUCAGUCCGUGAGAUACGGAUCUGGAAACGGACAGAUGGCAGACAAACACCAGCCAUCUUAAUUGAUAAAAAUUCUGUCGAUUGCUCCCUUUUGCUUCAAAAUGGCGGUAUUGCCACGUUGGGUGAGGAUAGAUUUAAUGACAAUCCCGAUUCAGCAGAAGUGGAGAGGAGAGGAUACACCAAAAUUUUAGACUCAUAUGGCUUAGUGGGUAUUUUGCGAAUAGGCCAAGGUCGGCAUUUAUGUCCAUUUUCA